AGUUGUGGUGAGUGGUGAAUUUAUAUUGAUGAAUAGUGAAUUUGCUUUUUCUAGGGAUACAAAGUUAAAAAAGUUCCAAAUAUAAUAAUAAUUAGGACAUUAGGACUGUUCAUCAAGUGAAUAUUAACAAUGGCUCGUCGGUAUGAUACCAGAACAACAAUCUUCUCUCCUGAAGGUAGAUUGUAUCAAGUAGAAUAUGCCAUGGAAGCAAUAUCACAUGCUGGAACUUGUCUUGGUAUUCUUGCCAAUGAUGGAAUCUUGCUAGCUGCUGAGAGGCGCAAUACAAACAAGCUGCUAGAUGAAGUGUUCACUUCAGAAAAAAUUUACAAACUCAAUGAAGACAUGGUAUGCAGUGUAGCAGGAAUUACCUCUGAUGCCAAUGUUUUAACAAAUGAAUUGAGAUUGAUAGGUCAGCGCUAUCUAUUCCAGUAUGGACAGUCCAUUCCUUGUGAACAGUUAGUGUCAUGGUUAUGUGAUGUUAAACAAGCUUACACACAGUAUGGAGGCAAAAGACCUUUUGGUGUAUCUAUCUUAUACAUGGGUUGGGAUAAGCAUUAUGGUUAUCAGCUGUAUCAGUCUGAUCCAAGUGGAAAUUACAGUGGUUGGAAAGCUACUUGCAUUGGGAAUAACAGUUCGGCUGCAAUAUCAAGUUUGAAACAAGAGUACAAAGAAGGAGAAAUGACACUUGCAGAUGCCAAGGCUCUAGCUGUCAAAGUUCUAGUAAAGACAUUGGAUAUGGCAAAACUUACUUCAGAAAAAGUUGAAAUGGCUACUUUAACUAGAAAAAAUGGUAAAACUAUCAUCAAUAUUUUAAGUAACAAAGAGGUUGAAGAACUUAUCACUGAACUUGAGAAGUCUGAAGCUGCUAUUGAGGCUACUAGAAAGGAACAGAAACAAACUGCAUAAUCCUAUAUUGUAUUUAAUUUUAUAUUAAAGCACUUAAUAUUAAAUA